UCAUAUAUCCACGUGCUUUCAUUUCUCUCUUCUCUCUUUGAAACACUUUCCACUCGUUCUCUCUUUCCUGAAGAACAACAACAACAACAACGCUACUUCAUCAAUUUCGCAUAAUGUCAGGGAAAAAGAGAAGGAAAUUGAAAUUGUUAAGUGAUACAAUUGCUAAGAGUAGAAGAGAAGCAACAGAGGUGAAAAAUGAUAAUUUGGAGCUGCAAACAUGGGCUGAUCUCCCUGCUGAACUAUUAGAAAUGAUCAUAUCUCGUUUAGCCUUAGAGGAUAAUGUCCGUGCUUCUGCUGUUUGCAAGAGUUGGAAUUUUGUUGCCAAUGCUGUACGCAUGGUGAACCAAUCACCAUGGUUGAUGUAUUUUCCGAAAUUUGGUCAGUGGUAUGAAUUCUAUGACCCUGUUCAGCGGAAGACCUAUUCCAUUGAGUUUCCAGAGUUGAAUGGAUCUAGAGUUUGUUACACAAAAGAUGGUUGGUUACUGCUAUACCGGCCAAGAACUGACCGAGUGUUUUUCUUUAAUCCCUUUACUCGGGAGACUAUCAAAAUGCCAAGAUUUGAGAUGACAUACCAGAUAGUUGCUUUCUCUUGUGCUCCAACAUCACCUGACUGUGUAUUGUUCACUGUUAAGCAUGUUAGUCCUACUAUUGUGGCCAUCAGCACAUGUCACCCUGGGGCAACCGAGUGGGUCACUGUUAAUUACCAAAACCGUCUGCCUUUUGUCAGUAGCAUAUGGAAUAAGCUUGUGUUCUGUAAUGGACUCUUUUAUUGCCUGAGUCUAACGGGUUGGCUAGGGGUAUUCGAUCCAUCUGAACGCACUUGGAGUGUUCUAUCAGUACCUCCACCCAAAUGCCCAGAGAAUUUUUUCGCUAAAAAUUGGUGGAAGGGGAAAUUUAUGACCGAGCAAGAGGGAGAUGUUAUAGUAAUGUACACAUGUUCUAGCGAAAACCCUAUUAUUUUCAAGUUAGACCAGGCCUCAAUGGAAUGGGAAGAGCUAAAAACACUAGAUGGAGCAACUCUAUUUGCUAGUUUCUUGUCUUCUCAUUCAAGGACUGACCUCCUUGGAAAUAUGAGGAACAGUAUCUACUUCUCUAAAGUUCGUUUUUAUGGAAAGCGUUGCAUAUCAUUCUCUCUUGAUGACUAUCGCUACUAUCCUCGUAAGCAGUGGCAUGACUGGGGUGAACAAGACCCUUUUGAAAGCAUAUGGAUUGAACCACCAAAGGAUUUUUCUGGAUUCUCAUGAAGAAUUUUAGUGAAACAAAUGGACAUUCCAAAAUCAGUAAUGUGUAGAGAGUUCCUAGUUAUCUCUCUUUGGUGUGUAGCAGUUCAUUAGUUAAGCUCAUUUGGAAGCAUGCCGAAGGCAGCAUCUUUACGGGUGGGAUGUACGUAGGAAGCUACUUAUAUGUGAAGGAAUCGGAUCUGAUGCUAAAGACUCGGUCCCUUGAUUGUCCUGUCUCUGCUGAUCUGAAAAUUUUAAGAUUUUUUCAAGCAUUGCGACGUGGUGCUUAUAUAUGCAGAACAAUUGGAAUUCAUAUAAAUUAUUACUGAUUACCCGCAGCUUUAUUGACUUUUAAUUUGGACAUACAAUCUAUAGAUUUUAUAUAGAUGUUUAUCUACCUUUCAUUUUAUGUUUGGGUUUUUUUUAUUGAAUAAAUUUUAUUCUAUUU